AUGUCGACCAGCGUCCCUGGCAGUACGUUGCAGCCUUCCCUUGUUCCAUCCAAUGUCCCAUCUCCUCCAUCUCUACCUUCUCCUUCUUUGCCCCAGCAGUCUCCUCCCGCUGUCUCGCCUCCUUCCUUGCCGCCUGUAACACCUUCUGCAGCGCCUUCGGCCGCGCCGCCGCAAUCUUCACAACCCUCACAACCGUCUCCUGCUGCCCCAUCGCCCUCGUCUAACCAAUCCUCAGCGGCCCCUCCAGCCUCGAGUCCGCCGGCCCCCGAAAGCCCUUCGCCUCCACCUGCGAGCCAGCCGUCGCCUUCGAGUGCGCCUCCACCGGCACCGUCGCCGAAUCCUCCCCCUCCGGCAGCCUCGUCAGCACCACCACCACCACCUGCUGUCUCGAGUGCACCACCAGCACCAUCACCAUCACCACCGCCGCCCUCGCCGCCGCCAACAGAGUCGUCCGCACCUCCUUCGCCACCACCCUCGCCGCCACCUAGCCAAGACACGACCCAGGUUGUCACUGCCUCACAGCCUGCCCCAAGUACCGAAGUCACGACCAUUUUCGUCACCUCGACUCCACAGGGACCUGGUGCGCAACCGACCGUGAUUGUCAUCACAUCUACCGUCCAAGGCCCUAGUCGCGCGCCCGAACCUACCGCCGUGACCACUGGCACCGCUCGCCCGUCCAGCACCGACCCGACACAGCUGCAAAAUGCCCAAGGCGGAGGCGGCUCGGGUGGUGGUCUCAGCACCGGCGGCAGGACAGCUAUUGCGGUCGUUAUUCCCGUAGUCGCCGUCGCCCUGCUCGUCCUCGGCGGUCUGUUCUUGUGGCGCAAACGCAAGCAGCGCAAGACGGCCGAAGACGAGCGCAGAAAGGAGGUUGAGGAAUACGGCUUCAACCCCAACCACGACCCGACGCUCCCCGCUGUGGGUGGUCUCGCCAUGGCCGAGGACGACAGCGGCUACCGUGGCUGGGGCAACACGGCGACGAGCUCCAAUCGCAAGGCCUCGACCACCCUGACCUCUGGCAUGACGUACUCGGACAGCAACAGCAACCCUGGUGGCUACAACAGCGCGCCGAUCCCCAACUCGCCUACCCAGGGCACCUAUUCGGAUGUGCAGUCGAACGAACCCCUCUUCGACGGACGCCGCGAAACGCUCGACUCAGACGGCCUGGGCGCCCUGGGCGCUGCCAAUGGCGCGGCUGCGACAAACUCUGCCAACAACGCUGUUGGCGUGCGUCGCGGUGUCUCCAACGCUUCCUCGCGCUACUCGGCAGCCGACCACUCGGAUAAUUCGGCCGACUACCCAGGCAUGCCGGCGGCCGCCAACUCACAGGACUACUACAAUGACCAGGGCUACUACCAGAGCAAUAACCCCUAUGGCCAGCCUGAUCCCUAUGGUCAGCCAGAGCCUUAUAGCAGCUCCAACCCGAACCCGCAGCCGAUAAUACGGGAUGUGAGUGCGAGGCGGAACACGAGGAUUGAGAAUCCAAGUGUGUUCCCCCAACAGGGAAAUUCGGGAAUUGCUCAAAACUUUUAG